GACCGCGUCACAUUCCAAACAUCCAACAUGGCGAAUCAGUCCUAACGCGUCCAUUUAGUCUGAUUUGAAGUUUAUCUGUCGAUUUAUGUUUUUAUUAAAAUAUAUAUUUGCCUUUAGCCGAAGAAGGACAUUCACCACGUCCUCCUCUCUUCGUCGGCGGUGAGUGGACGCAGACGACCAUGUCGCAGGCCGCCACCCCCCCGCUCCUCUCCGUCCACCCGACCCGGGCGCUGACGGACGAGACGUUCGAGAUUUCGGUGGAGAAUCUGCCUCCGGGACGUCCCGUGACGCUCCACGCCCUCCACUGCUCCGAGGACCAGGACUACUGGGAGGCGUACGGACACUACGUCAGUGACCAUCGAGGAACCGUGUCCGCUGCAGACCACAUGAGCUUCGGGGGCACGUACGAGGGGAAAGAACCCAUGGGCUUGUUGUGGAGCAUGCGGCCAGUCGCAGGCAGCCGCACGGGCCUCAGGUUGAGGAAGAUGAACGUCUGCGCCCCGAUGCUGGUCCACAUCUCGGUCCACGACGGACACGAGGGCUUCAGGGAGCGGGCCGCUCUGGCCUCGGCGCUCACAGAGCGGUGGUACGUGGCGCCGGGCGUCCAGAGGAUCGACGUGCGGGAGGGCGGCGUGCGGGGAACGCUGUUCAUCCCUCCAGGUCCCGGACCGUUCCCCGGGCUGUUGGACAUGUGGGGCGGCGGCGGCGGGCUUCAGGAGUAUCGCUCCGCCAUUCUGGCGUCCCGCGGCUACGCGUCUCUGGCGCUGGAGUAUUUCGCCGCCGGCGAUCUGGAGUCGGCGGAGCUGGAGCUCAAGUACUUUGAGACGGCGUUUAACAUCGUCAAGCACCAUCCUCAGGUGAUGCCCGACAGAGUUGGACUUUUCGGCCUUUCGCUCGGCUCGACCGUCACCAUGUACAUCGCGACCAAGAGCGACGUCGUCAAACCUCGUUGUUGCGUCUGCGUCAACGGCAGCCACUUGUUCCAGAGAACGUUCAGUGACCAGGACCAACAGAUGAUUCAGAAUUUGGGCAAGGCGCAUGUGGAUGAGAACAACCAUCACGCGUGGCGAGACAUCGGUCUGGCCUUGAUGAGCGAGUCCAACAAACUGGACGUGGGGAAGAUAAAGUGUCCCAUGCUGCUGGUGAACGGUCUGGACGAUCAGAACACUCCGUCCAGCGAGUUGGCCGAGGACGUCGCUCAGAUGAUGCGGGCGGCGGGUAACGAGCACCUCCUGACCCGGGUGGAGUACCCCGACGCCGGACACCUGAUCGAGCCUCCGUUCUCGCCUCACUUCAGAGCCACCAACUUUAAGAUCAGCGGCACCAAAGACAAACUGGUGCUGCUGUGGGGAGGACGGACCAAGCCGCACGCGGACGCCCAGGAGGAUUCCUGGAGGAAGAUCCUCAGUUUCCUGCAGCUGCAUCUGUACGGCGACGCAAGUCCCAGAGCGAAGCUGUGAACGACGGCGUCGGCCGACAGUAAAUAUUCCCACAACAGAUCUCACCUGUGCGGAGGAGCAGCAGGAGAAAGGACGUGACGAUAGUCCUCGGGUGAUUUUCCUGCUGUAAUUCUCACGUUUUGCAAAAGGGGGGCCGGCGGGAAAAGUUCUGGCAAAUGUCCGGAGCGACACUCGCGGACAUUUGCGUUCGCAGCAGUUCAAGAAAAUGUCUGAUUCAAAAGAAAAACAUGCAGAUUAUGGCGUUAACUUUUCGUAUUAGUUAGAUUAGAAUAUUAUAAGAUGAAGAUGAUUUAUUCCAGACGGGACAAAGACAGAAGACGCUGAAGGAAAAUCUAAAGUUUUACCUCGUGAUGAAGGAAGGACGGAGGACGACCCUUUAAAAAUGAAAAUCUCACAGUCAGCGUCACACUUCCUCCCUGGUGUCUUGUCCUAAUGUCUCCCCCUCCCUUCCUCCCUGGUGUCUCGUCCUAAUGUCUCCCCCUCACUUCCUCCCUGGUGUCUCGUCCUAAUGUCUCCCCCUCCCUUCCUCCCUGGUGUCUCGUCCUAAUGUCUCCCCCUCCCUUCCUCCCUGACGGUCUUGGUGCCUCCUCCUCCUCUUCCUCCUCCUCCUCACCAACCUACGGAUCAGGACGACGAGCGCUCGCACCACAGAGCAGGAAUCAAACUCACGGUGGAAAAAAGUAUUUUCUCCGAAAAACAGACGUUUAUUUUGAAGCGUCGCUGAGACGAUGUGAAGAAAAAUGACAUGGGGCAGAAAACAGAUUCCUAAUCUCUACACAUCUUCCUAUUUUAUAAGGCAACACACUGUCCGAGGAGUCCUGUGUGUGUGUGUGUGUGUGUGUGUGUGCGUGUGUGUGUGCGUGCGCGUGUGCGUGCGCGAUCAUCUGUGCAGCAUGAGCGUCACAAUGCGCUCGACCAGCCGGACGGUCGGUGAACUGAUCGGGUAUCGCAGCGGCAGCUUCUCCUCCGCACACGACGGCCUCACGAAAUACCUGCGUGGAGGAAGCAGACGGUGAAUAUUUAAAAUAUAUAUAUAUAUAUAUAUAUAUAUACCUUUUUUUUUUUUAAAGAUUAUUUUGUGGGGCUUUUUCUGCCUGUGAUUUGACAGGACAGUUAGGUGAGAAACGGGAGAGAGGGGUUAAGAUAUCCAGGUAAUAAUCACAGGCCAGAUUCGAACACUGGACCUCUGCGUGUAGUAUGUGUGCCUGCUCUAUCCACUAAAAUAUAUAUAUUAAUAUAGGUACAAGGAAAUAAAGUGGGUGUAUUCAUGAGAAAAUUAGAACAGAGUCAAUCAAUUAAAACAAAUUUUAAAAAUCCUAUAUGACUUUAAAAAAAUAAUCAUAUUUCUACAUACUUUAUGUUUUCAGCCUCUUGGAUUUUAAGAUUUUUCUUCUCUGAGUUCUGAGAAACCGAAACUAUUUUUCUGAUCAAUUAAUUUACUGAUUAAUCAAUAAUAAAAAAUAAUCAGUCGCAGCCCUCAGAGGAAACAAUAUUGAAAUAUGUAUCCAGAGAUAUUGUGCGACUGUUGUCAUUCUGUCACUUACAAUGAAAAUGAAUAUUUAAACAUGUGAUUCAAGUGUUUCGGAUUAAAAACUGGGGGAAAAAAAGGUUUAAAA